AUGAACCCAGCACAAGUAUCACCCUUCAAUAUUGUUGAUUCAAUUCAGAAUCCAUUCUUUAUUCUGGAAGAAGUAAAAAUGUUAUUUGUAGAAUUUGUGUCUAAUCAAAAUAUAUCUAUUGAACAAGAAGUGGUUGAAGACAUCUUCACACAAACAGAAGGUGAAGAAGAAAAUGCCCAUUUUCUUGCUUCCCAAGGAGUCUUGCAGCCACAUCCUCAUGAAAGUUCAUUGUUCAAAUUAUCCUCUCCUCUGCUACGAGAAUUGAUUAUGAGUUGUGUGAUCACUGUUCUUUAUCCAAACUGCCCUCAGAGUGAAGUUCCAUUUAAAGGUAACAAACUUAAUAUUAUAGAGGUUCUGAAGAAAUUUAUUGCUGCAUUUGAUAAAGAGAUGAUAGAGUGGGCAUGGAUUUGCUCAUAUAAGAAUGCAUAUGUGCUUGUCAAUGGUUGUAAAAAUGAAAAUGUUCCACGUGAAAGUGUUUAUGAUCAAGAGUUAUAUCAGAUUUUGAACAAUUGGCUAAAUCCAUUCAAUAUCAAAAUUACUGAUGGUAAAAGAUUGGAACGUAUGAUGUUAUCAGAUGAUGAAUGGCAAUUAAUGAAUGAAUUAACUUUAAUUUUGAAAAGUUUUGAAGAGCUUACUAGAAUGAUGAGUGGUAAUUCAUAUGUGACUAUUUCCUUGAUUUACCCAUCUAUAACUACUUUAAAAAAUAAUUUAGAUGAAUUAUUAUUAAAAGAAAGAACUACAAACAAAUUAUUAAUUGAAGAAUUUGAAGGUAAUGAAAAUACUGUAAUUGAAGGACAAGAUGAUGUAUUUGGUAUUGUUGAUAUUACAGAUGAAGAUGUUGCAGAUAAUAUAGUGGUAUCAGUUUCUACAAAAAAAAAUUAA